GUUAUAUCCUCGACGCCUGCGUCACCACGAGACUUGAGUGAGGACAAUUAGACCAAGGUAGCUCCUCAAAGAGUAAUUGUCACCCGUCACCGCCAUAUUCGGCUGGCGCUUAAGACUAGUACUGACGCUGAUGCGUGCUGUGUUUCCUUCCGAUCCAUUGUAUAUAAAAUGUGUCCCAUCUCCUUGUCAGUAUGGGAAGUGCAUUAGCCCAUUUGUACUCUCUGCAACGCCAUGACCUCAUUCUAUUCCACUGAGCUUUAUAUGAAAAGAGCACUCGCCGAAGAACAGCCCCUCCCCGAGACCCUUCGUCGCACGUCCCUCUUAACGAGGGUACUAUGUUUUUUGGCACUUGGCCGUCCAAAUCUCGAAGAUCACUGGAAGUCGCUGCAAUCAGAGCAAGCCUUCGAAACCGUUAGGAGCAGGUCAUGCUCUAUCCUGGCCAGCACUAUCACCACGGCAAGUGUCCUCCUCGCUACAAGCGUUGUUUUCAUCAGUACGGGAUCUCCUGUGCCAUACCUGGACUAUACAUCUCCCGCUCCUCAU